CCGUCUUCUCGGUCGCAACCCAGCAAUCGAAGCUCUGCUCCCUGCUCCCGCGAAAUCUCAAUCUUCCGCCUUCGAGCUCCCGCUGCUCCCGCCAAAUCACGCUCCUGCUCCCGCGAAAUCGAGCUCCUGCUCUGCUCCCGCCAAAUCCAAUAUGCCGCGCCACCGCCGCUGCAGCCGGCUGCGCCGCAUCGUCGGCGGCGUCUCAGUCGGAGCUCUCCUGCUGUUAGCCGGAAGCGGAGGCCACAACGCCUACGCGGGCCGCCCGGUCUUCUCGUUGCCCCUCGGCCUCGGCGCCCCCUUCCCGCUCGUCGCCGACAGUCCGGCGCCCCCGCCCUUCCCGUUCGCUGCCGACUUUUCGCCGUCGCCGUCCCCGUCCCCGCAAUCCCAAUACUCGCCCUUCCGCCUCAGCGAUGACAGCCUCGCGCGGCGCCUUCUCCCCGCCGCCGCAGGAGGCGGAUGCGGUGCUCCUUCCCGACCAGGAGGUCCUGGUCCUCGACGACACUGAGCCUACCGGCGACUCCAUCUGCGCCUUCCAGGGUGGGGCGUCCUCCCCGGCGAGACCGCUCGGGAGGCUGCCGGCGUCCGGGCUUCACGCAUACGUCUGCCGCCUUCCCGAGCCAGCGCAGAGCUUCCAGCAGCUCCAAGCGCCGCUCUUACUCCACUCCUCCACCUCCUCGGCCGCCGCAGCUGCUCCAGAUCCUCCUUCUCCUUCUCCGGGCCGCGCAUUGCUUAACUGGAGCAGCGACCCGAUAGUGUUUGACUCGGCUCUUCUGGACGGAGGCGACGUGCUCGUCUUCGCUAAGGGAAUCAGCCGCCGCCAAGGUCUUCGGUGCCUGUAUCGCUACAGCGACGGCGCCGAUACCAUGCGGGCAUCUACGCCGGCAAUCAGCUCAGUACAGCAAGUUACUCGCUGCCCCUCGCCGCCUACACCUGUCAAGUCAGGAGGAAGCACCAAGGUUCUUGUCACACUAGGGGUCACCGGCGAGGAUCCCAUGCCCUCCCUUGCAACCUUUCGUCGACAGCAAGCUGAAUCUUCUUCGCUGACUCCCCACAAGAGUUCAAUUUGCGCCUGCACAAUGGGACGCAACAUCUCCAAGUUUCUCAGGGAGUGGGCACUCUACCAUAGUGCGAUUGGGGUGGAUCAGUUCUUUAUCUACGAUAAUGGCAGCGAGGACAACUUGGCAGGCCUAGUGGCGCAGCUCAUAUCCUCCGGGCUCAACAUCACAACCGUGCCAUGGCCUUGGACCAAGGUCCAAGAAGCUGGUCUGUCUCAUUGCGUGGCCACACAGCAAGCUUCGUGCCAAUGGAUGGCUGUCAUAGAUGUUGAUGAGUUCAUCUUCUCAACAAGCUGGGCAGGAUUGGAGAAGCCAUCAAAAUCUUUGCUAGAGCCCGUCAUUUCUGUUGAUGACAGCGUUGGCCAAAUAUACCUUGCUUGUUAUGACUUUGCCCCCUCGGGCCAAACAGCACAUCCACCAGAGGGGGUCUGCCAGGGCUACACUUGCCGGUUGAAGAACCCGCAGCGGCACAAAUCCUUGGUCCGUCUCGACGCCGUGGAACCAUCCCUCAUGAAUGUGGUCCAUCAUUUUAAGCUCAAGCCUGCUUUCAAAAGCAUCUGGACCGUGCUGGCACGUAUUAACCACUACAAAUACCAAGCUUGGUCGGAGUUCAAAGUCAAGUUCAAGAGGCGCGUGUCCGCUUAUGUGGCUGAUUGGAAAGAUCCGAUCAACCUCGACUCAAAGGACCGGGCUCCUGGCUUAGGAGUUGAUGACACCGAACCAAAAGGCUGGGCCCAAAGAUACUGCGAGGUUAAAGACAAUAUCCUUCAGCUGUUAACUGCAAGAUGGUUCGGUGUCGGAUUUGGGAACCCUCAUUAGCUCCAGUCAGAUCAGGUAACACACACUGGUAAGAUCUACCACCUCUCCCCCUCUUUUACAUAGUAAUUUCUGUUUAUUUACACUAACAAAACGUAAAUCAAAACCACUAAAUUUUCCAGAAUUAAAAAUUAUCUCUUAAAUUGGAUGGUAUACACCUUUUAAAUAGGCUUUAGUUUUUUUUGUGUGAAUAAAAAUAGGCUUUAGGUUGAUGGGGAAGCACCACAAUAUGUGUGUGUUGCUCAAUGAUGAACAUACUCCCUCUAGUCUAGUUCUGAAGAAGCCCCCAUAAUGCAACUUUUACUGCUUAUUUUCGUUAACUAUAAAACUCUUCAAAUUUAUACUUCUUUAAAAUACUUUAUGAGAGAUAACCGUUAUUUUUAUUAUACAUUAUAACUGUAAAGCUCUUCAAGACAAUAUUGUUUUGAAAAUACUUAAUGACAUAAACCUACACAUUGUUUUCACAUAUCCAAUCCAAAAAUAUUAUGAAAUAUAGUGAGUCAAAGUUUGGAAAAAGUUAAUUAAACCCAUGCCUAAACCAACAACUUCUCCAGAACUAGAAGAGGGAGUAUAAUAAUAACCUGAGAGCAUUUUCCCUAUCGAUAUUUUUUUUAGAAAAGGACCCUAUCGAUAGUUAGCAGUUUGUUUUCGCUAUUCAUGCUCUUGCUGUUCUUUUUCCAUCUUGAACUGGUAAGAACAGAUUUAUGUUCAUUUUGCCUUAAUAUUGGUUCUCUUGCUAAAAUUGGAUGACUUCUUUUCCCUGAAUGAUUUUGGCUUAACAGUUGGGCUUAGAUCAGUUGAAUUUAUAAUGCUUAGCUGGAGCACGACAUGAAGCCUGUUUUUUUUUUGGGGUCUGUGUGGGCUGGAUUACUAAUCAGUGAAAGCUUCACACAAAUGAUUUCAAAUCUUGUUUGUUGAUUAAGGUCCAUUUCUUAAGUAUCUAUUGGCUGAUCGUUAUGGUUGUUUGGCUUCUAUUCUGAAACUAUUUGAUUGAGAUGCUGGUCUACACUUUGUUGGCUUCUCUUUAAAAAACGAAUCUUGGUUUAUGAAUUAUGACGCAGUUAAGCUUUGGCUUGUAUGGUUCUGUUCCAGUUUUGACUUGUUUUAAUUAGCUGGAAACAUCUUUGGAAAAAGUCUUUCUUGAUAUGGAACUCAUAUAUCAAAAUGCAUCUCCAAUGGAGAAUGCGACAUUGUCAGACUGACCUUGCAAGUUGAACGUGUGAACCAGUGUAUUGAAAAUUACCUUUGGUGCCUGGUUUCUACCGAUCCGAAGAAAUGGGUUCAGUAUUUACCCAUGGCUGAAUAAUGGUACAACAGUUCUUUUCAUUCGUCUCUCCAAGAGACUCCUUUUGAGGCCUUAUAUCGAUAUCCACGGCGACAAAUCACGCAUGAAGAAAUAUGCAGAUCGCAAGCGAGUCGGAAGGACUCUCGCAGUAGGUGACAUGGCUUACUUGAAGCUUCAGCCAUAUCGUCUGAAUGCUUUUGGCCUUCGCUCUCACAUGAAGCUGCAAAAGAAGUUCUACGGACCAUUUCGAGUACUGUAUCAUGUGGGCAGUGUGGCAUAUCACCUGCAGCUGCAAACGUGGGUAUCCACCCAGUGUUCCACAUUAGCCAGCUGAAUUUUCCUCUGGAUGACGCAACUUGGGAAGACGUGGAUUUCAUGAAGCAUACAUUCCCAGCCUUUUUCAAGAAGACAGUCAAAGCAUGGCGUCGUCAACCUUCAGCUUCUUGAAGACAAGAUCGCGCUCACAAGGGGGCAUUGUGACUGAACUUGCAAGGUGUUUUAGUCUUCAGUUAACUGUACCGGUUCAGAUAAUGAACGGCUGGGAUCGAUGACGGAGAAGAAGAUCGGAUGGCUUGCAUUCGCUCAUCGUAUACCUCUAGCUUAUUUACUUUUUACUGUUGCUUUUCUUUCCUCUUUAUUCUCUCCUUGCCAACCACGGCUGUAACAGAACAAUGUAUGCGUUACACGGGAUAAGCCCCGAUCAAUCAAUAAAGCACUACGCGGCCUCCCAUGGGAGGUGAGACGCAUCUGAUAUUUCA